CCCGACGGGCGGGUCGGGGCGAGCGCGAUCCCGGGACCGGAUCCCGGGCGGCGGCGGAGCCCGGGGAACACGGCGGAUCCCGGGGAACACGGCGGAGCCCGGCUGCCCCGCGGCUCUCCGGACCGAGCUGGCCGUGUCUCGGCUCUGCCCACAGCGGACACCACCGUCCCCGCAUCCCGAGCCACAGCAGCCCCGCGCCUCCGCCUCUCCCCGCGCUCUGAGCCCGCGGCGCUCGUCCCCUGCCCGCCCAUCGCAGCUGACGGCGGAUACCGGAGUGUGCGCUCCCCAACCGGGCGCCCCGCGGUCUUAAGCGAGUGACCGCGGCCGGUGACCCGGGACAGCCGUCGGGGCGCCGAUUUAUGAAUGGGAGGCACCGCCCCAGCCCCCGGCCCGCCCAUUCGCCGCCGCCGCCCCGCCCCGGGCCGCCCAUCCCCGGCCGCUCGCGCCGUCGGGGCCGGUCGCCGGUCGCCGCCGUGGCCAUGGCGCAUCGCCUGUUGCCCGCCUGUCGCCCACCGCCCGCCGCCAUGAGGCGCGGGGGCCCCGCCGCCAUCGCCGCCUGCCUCGCCGGGGCACUCGCCGUGCUGGCGGGGCCGGGACCGGGACCGGGACCGGGGCCGGGGCCGGGCAGUGCCACCGGGACCGGCCGGCGGCCCCCCCGCAGCUACGGGCAUCUGGAGGGCGACGUGCGCUGGCGGCGGCUCUUCUCCGCCACCCGCUUUUUCCUGCGCAUCGACGGCAGCGGCGGCGUGGAGGGGACGCGCUGGAGGGAGCGGCCGGGCAGCAUCGUGGAGAUCCGGUCGGUGCGUGUCGGCGUCGUGGCCAUCCGGGCGGUGCACACCGGCUUCUACCUGGCCAUGAACGAGCGGGGGAGGCUCUACGGAAGGAGUUCAGCCCCAACUGCAAGUUCACGGAGCGCAUCGAAGAGAACGGCUACAACACCUACGCGUCGCUGCACUGGCGGCACCGCGGCCGCCCCAUGUUCCUCUCGCUCAAUAGCAAGGGCAGGCCACAGCGAGGGGGCAGGACACGCCGGCAGCACCUCUCCACACACUUCCUCCCCAUGCUCGUCAGCUGAACACCGUGGGCAGCUCCAGACGGUCCUGUAGGAAAAAAAAACCAAAGAAAAAAAUGUUAUUUUAUUUAUGUACAUAUCUAUUUUUUGCUAUUUAUUGCUUUAUUUUUAAUGCACGGCAGAGGAGGGAUAUGGAAGGCGGAUGCUCCAGACUCAGCCGUGCGGGGCUGUGCAUCUACUGUUCCCAAAUUUGCCCUAAACCAGGACACCCCGGCACGGAGCCAACGUGGUGGAGCCAGGGAGCAUGACCGGAGCAGGGGCCAGGAUCUGCUAAUGGCAUCUCUGCAGGGCUGGGAUGUACCAGCAGGUUGUCUGUGUCUGAGCUUCCGUGGCAAUUAAAGCUGUGUUCAUGGUAUGGAA